AUGCUUGUGACAACUUAUUUUGAUUUCUUGGAUGAGAAAACGAAAUCGAUUACGGGCGGUCAAAAUCACAAGAAAAUCCUCAUCAAGUACCCAACAUAUCUUCGAAAAGUUUCAUUCAUGGACAUUUAUGAUGGCGUAUUAGAUUGGGUGAUAUUUAAUAAUAAAAUGCGACAAGAAUCUGAAGAGAUCCCAACAAAAGAGGAUCAAGUUUUCUCAAUCAUGCUGUCGAAAGAAAUCUUAAAAAUGAUCUUGAACAAUUCAAUCGGUUUAGAAUACUUGAAAAUUGACGUCUCGAGAGAAUUAAAGAGAAGAACUCGUUGCGAAUCUAUUUCCUUCCCUCCUUUAAAUAAUAAUCAUAACGUGGGGUUAUCAAAAUUGAACACUUUACAUUGCUCAAAUGAUAAUGCGAAUAGUGAAAUCCUUUUAUCACUCGCACAAUCGUCGACAUCGAUCAAAAAUCUCAUCAUUACCGAAAAUGAUUGGGAUAAUGAUGUUGGAACCGUAAACUCAGCCAUUACCAAAUUAGUCAAAGCUCAGCAAGGAAUUGAAAAGGUGAUUAUUAAAAGGGUCAGCAGAGGUAUCACCGACAUACUUAAGUCCUUGUGCUCCCAAAAGAAUACCAUAAAAGGAAUUCAACUUGAUCACGUACCAUUUGGUACUGAUGAACAUGGCUUGAAAUGUAUAUCGGAAUUUAGCGAGAAUCUUGAAGAAAUUAGAUUCAUAAAUUGUUACAACUUGACCGAUAAUGUCGUGAAACCAUUGUUAAAUAUGGAAUUUCCAAGGUUAACAACGUUAGAAAUCAAUAACCGGCAUUUUUAUCUUUUACCCGAAAUAAGUCCUACCAAAGAAAUUCUUGAACUAAUCAAAAAUCUAGGUAAUAAUUUGACGGAAUUAAUAGUAAACGAGUCAUAUCAACCAACAUUAUUCGACUCAUUAUUUCAUCACGUUCAAAAAUAUUGCACCAACUUAACCACCCUUGGACUAAAUAUUGGAUAUAAACAAUUACCACCUUUAUUAGAAUUAAUUAGGUCACUCAAAAAACUACAAAGAUUUAUUAUACAAAGUGACGGAGGGUUAUGUUACAUCGAUAAUUGGUUGAAGGCGAUAGCCGAAGGAAUUCCUCCGUCGCUCACCUCCCUCGAAGUAAACGGUUGGAUUAUGUCACCAGAAGGGCUAAAAGGAUUUCUAAAUUUCAGUAAGAAUAGAAUAAAAGUGCUCGCAUGGAGGUUGCCGCUUGGGAAGAAAAUUGAAGAUUAUUCUAGCAUUCUUGAAAACUAUAGUAGAAACAUUUAUUUUGUUCAAAUAUCACAACGUAAACUAAAAGAACAGGUUUGGGAUGAAGCUCGAGUGGAAUUUAUAUAA